AUGGAGGAAGUAAAAUGCAGUCUGACAGUUGAGCUCUCUAAGCGCAUUUUGAAAGACAUGGCCCUUAGGUGUCAACCGAAGAAAAGGUCUACACCACUGAAAUAUGAAGUUGGAGAUCUCAUUUGGGCAAAAUUCAAGAGACGCCCAUGGUGGCCCUGCAGGAUUUGUGCUGAUCCAUUGAUUAAUACACACUCAAAAAUGAAAGUCGCCAAUAGGAGGCCCUAUCGAGAAUACUACGUGGAGGCUUUUGGAGAUCCUACUGAAAAAGCCUGGGUGGCUGGAAAAGCAAUCGUCAUGUUUGAAGGCAGGCAUCAAUUUGAAGAACUACCUGUCCUUAGGAGAAGAGGGAAACAGAAAGAAAAAGGAUAUAGGCAUAAGGUUCCUCAGAAAAUUUUGAGCAAAUGGGAAGCCAGCGUUGGUCUUGCUGAGCAAUAUGAUGUUCCCAAAGGAUCUAAGAACCAAAAAUGUGUCACCAGUUCAAUCAAGUUGGACCGUGAAGAAGCUAUGCUAUUUGAGGACUGUACAAAUGACCCUGAAUCAGAACAUGACCUGUUGCUUAAUGGCUGCCUGAAGUCUCUGGCUUUUGAUUCUGAACAUUCUGCAGAUGAAAAGGAAAAGCCCUGUGACAAGUCUCGAGCUAGAAAAAGCUCUGAAAAUAUAAAAAGGACUAGUGUGAAAAAGGGCCUCCUGUCAUUUGAAGCACAUAAAGAGGAACGGAGGGGAAAAAUUCCAGAGAACCUUGGCCUAAACUUCAUCUCUGGUAGUGUGUCUGAUAAACAGGCUUCAAAUGAACUUUCCAGGAUAGCAAACAGCCUCACAGGGUCUAAAACUGCACCAGGAAAUUUCCUCCUUUCUUCAUGUGUGCAGAGCACUGAUAAGGCAGAUUUUGAGACUUCAAAUUGUGAUUCUUUAUCAGGUUUGUCUGAGAGUGCUUUGAUCUCUAAGCAUUGUGUCGAGAAAAAGAAACUCCAGCCAGGCCUGGUGUGCAGCUCAAAAGUACAGCUCUGCUAUAUUGGAGCUGGUGAUGAGGAAAAGCGAACUGAUUCUAUUAGUGUAUGUACCACUUCUGAUGAUGGGAACAGUGAUCUGGAUCCUAUAGAACACAACCCAGAAUUUGAUAACAGUGUCGUAGAAAUUACAGAUGCUUUUGAUAGGACAGAGAGUGCUUUACCCAUGCACAAAAAUGAAACAAAGUAUUCUAAAUAUCCUGCCACAAACAGAGUAAAAGAAAAACAGAAGUCCCUUAUCACUAAUUCACAUACAGAUCUCUUAAUGGAUUCUGCCAAGACAGUGGAACCUGGAACUGCUGAGAUGUCUCAGGUUGAUCGUUCUGAUCUUAAAGUCUGUACUCCUGUUCCUAAACCCCAACCAGAAUUUAGAAAUGACAGUCUUACUCCAAAAUUCAGUGCAUCACCAAGCAUUUGUAGUGAUAACUCCUUGACAAAGGGUGGGGCUCUAAAUCAAACUCUGUUACCUUUAAAAAGCAGACAGCCCAAGUUCCGCAGUAUAAAAUGCAAGCAUAAAGAAAACCCAGCUGAUGCAGAAUCCUCGGCUACAAAUGAGGACCUCAACUUGAAAUGUUGUUCUUCUGAUACCAAAGGCUCUCCUUUGGCCAGCAUAUCCAAAAGUGGGAAAGUAGAGGGCCUAAAACUACUGAAUAAUAUGCAUGAGAAAACCAGAGAUUCAAAUGACAUAGAAACAGCGGUGGUGAAACAUGUUCUGUCAGAGUUGAAGGAACUCUCCUACAGAUCGUUAAGUGAGGAUGUCAGCGACUCUGGAACAUCAAAGUCAUCAAAGCCAUUACUGUUUUCUUCUGCUUCUAGUCAGAAUCAUAUACCUAUUGAACCAGACUACAAAUUUAGUACAUUGCUAAUGAUGCUGAAAGACAUGCACGAUAGUAAGACUAAGGAGCAACGGUUGAUGACUGCUCAAAAUCUGGCUUCCUACCGUACUCCAGAUCGUGGGGACUGUUCUACUAGUAGCCCUGUAGGGACAUCAAAGGUUUUGCUGUUAGGAGGUUCCACACACAAUUCUGAAAAAACUGGAGAUAGUACUCAAGAUGCUGUCCGACUGAAUUCUAGUGAGGGUGACUCUGCCUUGUCUGGAGAAUUGUCUUCUUUGCCUGGCUUAGCUUCUGACAAAAGAGACCCUGCUUGUGGUAGAAGUCGCACAAACUGUAUUCCAAGGCGCAGCUGUGGCCGAGCAAAGCCAUCGUCCAAAUUGAGAGAAGCAGUUUCAGCCCAGAUGGCAAAACCCCCAAUAAACCCAAAAACCUUAAAGACCCAGCGGAAAAGAAAGUUGAAUCGACCUCCAGCCGUGAGCAUUGGCGCUAACCUGCUGGGAGACAAAGAAAGUGCAAGUUUAGUGAAUGGCCCAUCAAGGGGUGGGGCUGAGGAUCCUGGUAAAGAAGAGCCUCUUCAGCAGAUGGGCCAUUUAAGAAAGGAAGAUGGCCAUUUUUCUGAUGUACAUUUUGAUAGCCAGGUUAAACAAUCCGACCCUGAUAAAGUUCUUGAAAAAGACCCUUCUUCUGAGAACAGGAAAGGCCCAGAGCUGGAGUCUGAAAUGAAGGGUGAGAAUGAUGGACCCCAUGGUGUUAAUCAAGUGGUGCCUAAAAAGCGGUGGCAGCGAUUAAACCAAAGGCGCCCUAAGCCUGGAAAACGCACUAAUAGAUUUAGGGAGAAAGAAAACUCUGAGGGUGCCUUUGGAGCCUUGCUUCCUGGUGACUCUGUGCCGAAGGGGCGGGAUGACUAUUUGGAACCACGAGCUCCUCCUACAAGCAUACUUGAGGACUCAGCAGCAGAUCCCAAUCAUGUUGGCCACUCGGAUUCAGUUGGGCCACGCCUAAAUGUUUGUGAUAAAUCCAGUGUUAGCAUGGGUGAUGGGGAAAAAGAGACAGGAAUUCCCAAUUUGACACCACAGACCAAGCUCCCUGAGCCAGCUAUUCGGUCAGAGAAGAAACGUCUUAGGAAGCCAAGCAAGUGGCUUCUGGAAUAUUCAGAAGAAUAUGACCAGAUAUUUGCUCCUAAGAAAAAACAAAAGAAGGUACAGGAACAAGUGCAUAAGGUAAGUUCCCGCUGUGAAGACGAAAGCCUUCUUGCCCGAUGUCGCUCUAGUGCUCAGAACAAGCAGGUGGAUGAGAAUUCUUUGAUUUCAACUAAAGAAGAGCCUCCAGUUCUUGAAAGAGAGGCUCCAUUUUUGGAAGGGCCCUUGGCUCAGUCAGAUCUUGGAGUUGGACAUGCUGAGUUGCCACAGCUGACCUUAUCUGUUCCUGUGGCUCCAGAAGUCUCUCCGCAGCCUGCUCUUGAGUCUGAGGAAUUGCUUGUUAAGACACCAG